CUAGUCUAACCCCGAGCAUUGUCCCUACUCAGGGCUGCUUCUCUUGUAGUUAAAUCAUCUCUCCCUGGAGUUGGACUCCUUCAAUCCCUUCUAGCUGUAUUUACUUGUCUUUUUUCUCUGUGUGUCUGUGUCAUUUUUCUCCAUUUCCCUGUCGGUUGCUGGGAUGUAGGAUAUAGAGAGUGGGGUUUUUCCUCCCCUCCAGUACCCUGCUGAGUUUUGGUGUAUUUUUUUCUUCUUCUUCCAAUCUGGGGGAACAAGUGCCAGUCUCCACUUUGGCUGACAACUCUGCAAAGUACUUUUCAGCUGAGUGUUGAAUGUGGCUCGGGAAUUGGGCGACAGUUGGCAGCUUUUCUGGUGCUUUUUUGCUACAGGCCAGGGAUGGAUUUAUAGACUGUUUCUCACCACGGCGAAGAGGUGAGCGUGUCUGAGAAGAAGGGAGCUAUGCCCCUUACGGGAAGAUAUCGAGUGCCUUACGUCUUGAUUCUUCUUGCACUCCUCUGGGGUGGAGAGAGAAUUCGGGCACAAAGAGCAGGUUGCAAAAAUGUCCACUAUGAUCUUGUCUUCAUCUUGGAUACCUCUUCCAGCGUGGGUAAAGAAGAUUUUGAGAAGGUCCGCCAGUGGGUGUCUAAUCUGGUGGAGACCUUUGAGAUUGGACCGGACAAGACCCGUGUAGGAGUGGUACGUUACAGUGACAGGCCAACCACAGAGUUUGACUUGGGAAGGUACCAAACUCGUGAGGAAAUCAAAAAAGCUGCAAGGAACAUUAAGUAUUAUGGGGGUAACACAAAUACCGGGGAUGCCCUCCGGUAUAUCAACACCUAUAGCUUUUCCAAAGAGGCUGGUGGGAGGCCUAGUGACCCACCCAUUAAGAAAGUGGCUAUCCUUUUGACUGAUGGAAGGAGCCAGGAUUAUGUCAUGGAUGCAGCCACUGCGGCGCGUAAGGCUGGAAUAAGGAUCUUUGCUGUGGGAGUUGGUGAGGCCUUAAAGGAGGAAUUGGAUGAAAUUGCUUCCGAGCCUAAAUCUGCUCAUGUGUUCCACGUCUCUGAUUACAAUGCCAUUGAUAAAAUACGAGGGAAACUGAGACGACGGCUCUGUGAAAAUGUGCUGUGUCCAAAUGUCCAUGUGGAAGGAGAUCGAUUUAAACACACCAAUGGAGAGACUGAUGAAAUCCCAGGAUUUGACCUGGUGGAUUUGUUCAGCGUGAAGGAAAUUUUUGGAAGGAAAGAAAAAGGAAUUCAGAGUUCUUAUGUACGACUUGGAAGCUUCCCCAUCGUGCAGAAAACUGAGGGUGUAUUCCCACAGGGCCUGCCUGAUGAAUAUGCCUUUGUAGCCACCUUUAAAUUCCGGAAGGCUUCCAGGAGAGAAGACUGGUAUAUUUGGCAGAUUAUCGACAAGUACGGCAUACCGCAGGUCUCUAUCCGCCUGGAUGGAGAGAACAAAGCCGUGGAGUACAGUUCCAUUGGGCUGACCAAGGACGCAGUACGAGUGGUCUUUCGAAAUGCCCGAGUCAGCGAUUUGUUUGACCGCAACUGGCAUAAGAUCGCCCUCAGCAUUCAAUCCAAGAGCGUCUCCCUCUACAUCGACUGCAAACUAGUGCAGACGUUGCCUAUUGAAGACAGAGAAAAUAUUGACAUUCAAGGAAAGACCGUGAUUGGCAAACGCCUGUAUGACAGCGUACCCAUAGACUUUGAUCUUCAACGGAUGGUAAUUUACUGUGAUUCCCGACAUGCCGAGCUGGAAACCUGCUGUGAUAUUCCCUCUGGACCAUGCCAGGUGACGGUCGUUACUGAAGUGCCACCUGCUGAAAUAAGACCCACUGUCGGCAGUGAACAAGUGGGCCCCCCAAACACCCUCAACUGUUCCUGUCCUGCUGGAGAAAAGGGUGAGAGGGGCCCAGCUGGCCCUGAAGGUCCUAGAGGUCAAAAGGGAGAAAGUGGCAACCAAGGACUUCCUGGUCUAAAAGGAGAAAAAGGAGACUCGGGCAGAGGAGCAUAUGGCAGAGGAGAGAAGGGAGAACAGGGAUCCCCAGGCUCACCUGGCCCCCCCGGGAGGGACGGAGCGAAAGGAGAAACCGGAGAACCAGGGCAGCCGGGGGCAUUUGGACUGCCUGGUCCAGCGGGCCCUAAGGGAUCUGAGGGCCAGCCAGGUCCACCAGGAAUUAAAGGCUAUGUCGGAGCACCCGGUCUGCAGGGAGAAAGAGGAGAAAAGGGAACUCGAGGAGACAAGGGAGAACGAGGUCUCGAUGGGUUCCCUGGGAAGCCAGGUGCGGAGGGGAAACAGGGCAUUAAGGGCAGCACAGGCCCACCAGGUGCCAGCGGACCCAGAGGAGAAAAGGGUGAAGCUGGGCUUCCCGGAUUACCAGGCUCUGCAGUACAAACGGAAGGUCUGAAAGGAGAGCAAGGGGCCCCAGGCCCACGAGGCCCACAAGGCCCACCUGGAGUUCCAGGGGCACCGGGUCCAGCCGGUUUGGAAGGCAAGGCCGGAGUUCCUGGUUUACAAGGUCAAAGGGGCAAGAAGGGUGAAGUCGGUCUCCCGGGACUCGAUGGCUUGCCUGGACCUCGGGGUCCAAUCGGGCCUCCUGGUGUUGCUGGCUCACCUGGUGCUCCAGGAUUGGCUGGAGAAACUGGUGUUUCUGGUAAAACUGGACUGCCAGGACCAGCUGGAUCGCCUGGCAAGGAUGGAUUAAAUGGUCUUCCUGGAUUUCCGGGCCAAAAGGGAGAACAAGGAGAAAGGGGACAGGAAGGUUUUCCUGGGAAAGCUGGUCCCAAGGGUGAGAGAGGAGAUCACGGCUCACCUGGUCUAGCCGGUGAGAAGGGUGAAGCAGGCCUUCCUGGUCCCCAGGGGUUACCUGGGAAGAGAGGAGAAAAGGGAGAUCAGGGUGAAAAAGGAAGAGCUGGACUCACUGGACUCAAAGGUGAAAGCGGUGAAAAGGGUGACGUGGGUCCUGCUGGUCCCCCCGGUUUACCCGGAACAACAACCCUGUUUACCCCACACCCUCAGCUUCCUGGAGAAACUGGGCCAAAGGGAGAGAAGGGAGAUCGAGGAAACAGCGGGGAACCCGGACUACCUGGUGUCCCAGGUGAAAUGGGGCUGCCAGGACCUCCAGGACCACAGGGUGCGAAGGGCCAGGCAGGAGCCAGAGGCGAGCCAGGAGUCCGUGGAGAGACUGGUGCUCCUGGACCUGUUGGGCCCCCAGGUCCACAAGGCUUGCCAGGAAAUGCGGGUGUACCUGGAGACGCUGGCCAACCUGGAAAGGAUGGACAAAAGGGUGAAAAGGGUGACCCAGGACAGGAAGGAAAACCAGGACUACCUGGGCUCGCAGGUGAGCCUGGCCCUGCUGGAAUACCUGGCUUACCAGGGAAGGGUAAAGAUGGAGAACGGGGUGAAAGAGGCCCCCCAGGCCUACCAGGACCCCUCGGACACAAGGGAGAUAGGGGAGUUCCUGGUCUUCCUGGCCAGCCGGGAGACAGAGGUGCACCAGGAGUUGGAGUAGCUGGACCUCCUGGCCCUGUGGGACCAGCAGGAGACAAAGGGCCAUUGGGCCCGCGAGGUUUACCAGGUGUUCCAGGCCCACAGGGGCCAACAGGGCAGGAUGGUUUACCUGGAAAUCCCGGGGACAUAGGACCUCCUGGAAAGCCAGGUGCCUCCUCCCUGCUUUCUCCUGAGGACAUAAAUCUUUUAGUCAAGGAUGUGUGUAAUGACUGCCCACCUGGCCCCCCAGGGCUCCCUGGAGUGCCAGGCUUCAAGGGCGAUAGAGGUGCCCAAGGACCUCCGAGUAGAGAUGGCCUGAAUGGGAAAAUGGGCGAUCCUGGACCCCGUGGUCUCCCAGGCCCUCCAGGGGUGGAUGGUCCAAAGGGCACUAAAGGAGACCGUGGGACAUCUGGGGAUGCUGGACCAAAAGGUGGACAGGGUCACCCUGGAAUGCCUGGCUUCGCGGGACCUCCUGGAAACCCAGGGCCCCCUGGACCAGAUGGCAAACCAGGACCUGCAGGACCCCCAGGAAUGCCUGGGGAUAUAGGGAAAGAUGGCCCGCCAGGUCUCCCGGGCCCACCAGGACUGCCUGGCCUUCAGGGCAUUGACGGCAAGGAUGGCAAGCCUGGAUCUCCCGGGGAACCGGGCAAACCAGGAGAACCUGGGCUCCCAGGCCAAGAGGGGGCCAGAGGGUUACCGGGCUUCAAGGGGCACAGAGGAGAUGCAGGUCCCCCAGGCCCCAGGGGAGAGCCGGGCGUGACCGGUCCUGCUGGUCGUGAGGGUUCGCCGGGGAAGGAUGGUGAUACAGGCCCCACAGGACCUCAAGGCCCUCGAGGACUCAGAGGGCAGCCAGGCAAGAAUGGCUCACCCGGCACCCCAGGGGAAGCUGGCCUUGCAGGUAACCCAGGUCCAAAAGGAAACAAAGGAGAAAAUGGCAGCCCUGGACUUCCUGGCUUCAUUGGGCCCCGAGGCCCUCCAGGAGAUUCGGGAGAGAAGGGGCCCCCAGGAAAAGAGGGCGCAGCCGGGAAACCAGGCAACCAUGGACCCAAAGGAGACAGGGGAGAUCCUGGCGUCAAAGGUGACAAAGGCCCACAGGGAGAGAAAGGUCUGCCUGGGGAUCCUGGCAUACCUGGCCAUAAAGGCCACACUGGAUUGAUGGGUCCCCAAGGACCACCAGGAGACAGUGGGCCAGCUGGACCUGCAGGGCCCCCAGGACAGCCAGGCUUCCCCGGGCCCAGGGGGGACUCUCCAUCGCUGGAGACUCUGAGACGGCUCAUCCAAGAGGAGUUAGGAAAGCAGCUAGAUGCAAAACUAGCCUAUCUCAUGGCUCAGAUGCAGCCAGCGCACGUUAAAGCACCCCAAGGCAGGCCAGGGCCUCCGGGGUCUCCCGGUAAGGAAGGGCUCCCAGGAAGACCUGGCCCUCCAGGAGAGCCCGGCCGACCUGGACAGACAGGGUCUGAAGGACCAUCAGGACCAGUUGGUCCAAAAGGUGAAAGAGGUGUGAAGGGUGAGAGAGGAGAUCCUGGUGUUGGUCAGAGGGGUGAAAUUGGUCCUCCAGGAAUUCCAGGCCUCCCAGGGGAACCUGGCUAUGGCAAAGAUGGGAUGCCAGGAGCACCAGGCCCACAAGGGGAAGCUGGAGUGCCAGGCCUCAUGGGCCCACAGGGACCUCCAGGAACCAGUGGGCAGUGCGAUCCCUCUCAGUGUGCUUACUAUGCAAGUCUGGCCGCCCGGCCUGGCAAUGUCAAAGGGCCCUAGGCAGCCCUGGGGACUCUCUCCGGACUGGUUUCUGAAACUUGAAUUCAACACGCCUACCAGGAGCUCUUGGAUUGUUCCCUAGUUGCGUUUCUUUAUGGGAGGCCUUUGAGAUGAUCAAAGCCAACGAAUGCUGCCGGUCGGUCAGAUUAUUAUUAAUUAUUAUUUUUAUUAUUUUGUUGUUGAUGUGAGGAAUGUGUUUGGUUUUGUUCUCUCUAACAUCAGGGCAUAUUAAAAAAUUAAAAAUACAUUUUUACAUAUAAUAUUGAGACCUAGCAUAGCCAUUGUUGUUUAUACAGAACCCAUGUGAGUGCCAAAACCUCUGCUCAGCUGGGUGAGUUCUUUUCCAGACUUCAUUCCCAAGUUCUAAUAUGACAAUAUCAGUGCAUGCUAGUGACUGUGAGAAACAAGCCUACAGCAGGGGCAAGCUGCUGAAAAACAUUGGUGGGAAGAUGGCCCAGGGAGGCUGACAAAGAGCUAGUCUCCAAUGCAUUCAGCUCACAAUGGACAAUCAGUUACAGACAACAAGCGCUGGAUUUCCCAGAACUGCUGUACUAAAUGUAAUGUUCUCCUUGCUCAGAAAGGACACAAACGUUAAUCAUAAAUAGCCACUUGACAGGCUUUCUGGGCAUGAGCAAGGCUCUGAAAAGAAGGUAAGGGAGAGCUGAUGACAUGAAGAGUGAUUCUGUUUCCAGUAUAAUUGCUCUCCCCGUGCCCUGUACAUGUUCUUUAGUUCCACUCCAAAAGGCAAAGAUUUUAUUCCUGGUAAUUGGGGCCUGUGCUCAGACUGUCAAGAAGAUGCCUCUGCAAACAGCCAGCACGUUUGUGCUCCUUGACUUCUUGAGCUAGUAGAGUUCUAUUCCUGCUCUGCAGUGAGGGCCUGGACAACGUCCAUUAAAGUUAACACAGUGAUCCUCCAGGUAUUGGCUGGUAUUAUGGUUUGUAGAAGGUUGGACUAGGUGAUUAUCUUGGUCCCUUCUGGCCAGAAAAUGUACUAUGAUCUGCAGGCCACCAUAUCUGAUGAUUCACGGGGACACAGGCAAAGCAGGGUAGCCUCUUGGAAGGGGAAGUAGACUGGAGUGCUGUUUUCAAUAGAAAGGCCAGCACAAUGAAGCAUUUGGCGAAUCAAUGAAUUAAAGGAAAUUAUAUGUGCCAAGAGGUCAAUAACACCUGCCCCCCAUUUUAGCUCCUCAAACAAUGGGGUCACCUGACUGCAGAAAUCAAUGUACAUCUAUACAGGGAGAGUAAAGAAUUGGAUAGGCCAGGCUGGGUUUUGAGAAGAUAGUUGCUUCUACAAUAGGCCCUUCCUCCUUCUAAACCCCUGCACGCACGCACACACACGGGACAGAUUUUCAAAUGUGAUCAGCACCGUCUGGGCAGAUUUUUAGAAAAACUCAGCUCCUGUGAAGGCACUUGAAUGAAGUUCCCAGGUUUUCAAGAGCGCUAAGUACACAGCCGCUCACAUUGUUUUCAAUGAGGGUGGGACAUUCUCCAGUGCCCUCAACAGUUGCUGUUGAGUGCUGAGUGCUUUGAAAAUCUGGGCAGGUUUUUCUGAUACCUAAAUGGGAGGUCUCUUUAAAAAUCCAUUCCUAGCAUACACAUUCACCUAACUGCGUGUGCUUCCAAGUUAUUUAAACUGAAUAGACGACAGAAGCUGGGGGCUUGGAUCCAUCACAGACAUAUAGCCAGUGUGCACUGUACAGAGAGAACUAUUUUGACACAUUGGAGCCCUUCCCAAGGCAUGUCAUAUGUUGGUCAUUAAACAUGAAAUAAAAAUAACAGAUUAAGUACCAUGGUUAAAACCUUUCCUGUGUAGAUUGCAAGUGUGUCACCCCGGUGCAAAUAACCCGUGGCUUCCUUUUGCUUUAUAAAGACUAGUAAAAGUGAAAAUAGUAUGCAGCAAAGGGUUUGUUGCUUACAAGUAAGUCAAGAGAGCAUAUCUACUGAUGCACUUCUUCACCAGCCAGUCCCCUGUAGUUCCGUUAUUUUAUUGCCUAUAUUUCAACAUCAAACAGGCAUGUUGGUCAAGUAUUUAACAGCACCAUGCUGGCCAGGCCAGGCUAGGAUACAAUUCACGUACUCCAAUGGGAACACUUCACACCCAAGAAAGCACUUGAUAGCACGAGACGUCAUUGCCGAUAGACAUCAUGGCAGCAGUCAGGUUUUACAGAAGUCAGGCAUGUUAACUGGGCCAUGCUAAUGUGACAUUCACUGCUGUCACUACUGUAACUCACCAGACUCUCUGUAAAUCAUGUCUAGUGAUGUACAUACCCACAUGCUGUACAUGGCUGACAACCAGGCAGCACCGGUUUUCACGUAGUCAGGAUCCUGUACACUGAGUUAGUGGGAAAUGUAUAAAAAGGUUCUUGUUUAAUAAGAUUCAGGCCAUUUUCUUUCCAUGAGACUAUGCAGUGGAAUCGAAUUUUGAGGGCACUUGGAGCUCGGGAAGAGUGACUGCUUGAGCUGGGGAGAGAUUUUUUACUUUUCUCGCGGCCUCUUGAUCUUGGAAAUUUGCAUGCACUUUUGCCAAGAGGCUGCUGUUCUUACAAUAAGAGGCACAUCUGCAUCUUUCAUGGCGAUUAGAAGAAUUGGAUGGCCCACCCACAGACCUGAAAUGAACAAUUGCCCUCUGCAAAGAGCACUUAAGUAAAAAAAAAUAAAGCAUGCACCCCAAUCCCUUACUACCAGGGCCUUACCUAGCCAUCAGAUUUUAAGCUAGAUUCCUGUUGAUUUCAGUCAGAGCCUUGUACAUCUAACAAUGCAGAGGAGCAGUACUGUUGGCUUCUUUUCUGUUCCUAUCACCACUCGCUGCAGCUCCAAAAACUCCCUUACAUACAUCGCUCAGUUUCAGCUGUCUACUAGCACUCUACUAGCUCUGUGUAAGCUCCAAUGCUUGUCUCUCUCACCAACAGAAGUUGGUCCAAUAAAAGAUACAUUACCCCACCCACCUUGUCUGGCUAAUAUCCUGAGACCGACAUGGCUCCAACAACCCUGCAUUUUAGUACUCAAUCAUUGGAAUAUAGUUUGCCCAUCAUCAUAGUGUCAGUCCCCACUAGAGGGUGAUUAAAACCUGGCCUCAAUUCCAAAAUGACGGGGUGGCUUUCAUGAAAAGGGAAAACGUGUAAAAUAUCUGUUUGCUUCCUAUGUGGAGACAGCUCAUUAAUUCUGCUAAGGGGCGAGGGAAAGGGUGCAUAGUAUUAAUGGCACCCUGUGAACUAGCACUUCACUUCUUAGCAAAACCAGCCUUUUUUCCCCCUCCGGGAAUGAAGCUUGUGAUUUAGAAAUGAUGAAAGCCAGUUGAGACGGCUGGCCAAGUCGGGUCACCAGAGAGAUCUAGCCCUCCCUCCCUCCGUCUGUGGACACAGCUUCAGUUCCUUGGAGCUAGGGCCAGAUGCUGUGGAGAGAAAAGCCUGCAUAGAGAAGGCAAAAAUUCCAGCCUAAACUCUUUAGGCAAAAUCCUGGCUCCUUUGAAGUCAAUGAGAGUUUUGCAAUUGGCUUCAGUGAGGUCAGGAUUUCGCCCUUAGUGGCUGUUAGUUAAAAGGCCUCUUGCAAUCAACAUUCUUCUCUCCUUUAAAGGCAGUCUGCCCUCAAAUGGCUAGACUGGUUCUGAGAGCGGCUGUUUCUUAUUCCAGCAGCAUGCCAAAAACGGCCGCUCUGAAACAAAUGCGACUUAGCGUAAGCAUCGCUGAGUCCACGCGAUAGGAGAGCAGACUGUGCGCAGCUUGGUUUGGAAGUAAGAGCAGUUUGGGCCUGGCGAUAAAACAAUGACCAUUGCUUCAAGGAUUAGACGGGGACAUACGUACCCAGACGUGGCUAUGAGAUCAUCAGUAUCCAAGGAGAAGAGGAGAUUGGUGCCACAGCCAAAUUGCUCCCUUCCUCCCCACCUCCCCCUGGGUUGUUUCCUAAUUAUUUCUGUUCCGUCAGCUGCAGUGAGCAUCUUCAGUUCCCACCCACGCCCCAGGACCCUUGACAGUGCCAGUUCCCCAGAGAAGGCCCUGCGGCAGCUGUAGUAAGGAUUCUGGCAAAUCCAAGGUCAAAAGCUGCCCGUUGCACAUCUAAGGAAGAACAGGGACACGGUAUUGGAGUGACGAGGCUCAGGUCCAACCUGCGCUGAGUGACUGGAGGCACCCCAAUAUUACUCCAGCAUCCCCUUAGCUAGGGGGCCCAGGUGGUUGCCUGUUUGGCCUACGCGUUAAGGUGCCCUGCUGGAAGACACCUAGGGGGAGUCCUAAAAGGGAAACUCUGCCAGUGUCUGGUUUUCAGAUCCGUGGAAUUUGGCUUAUAAAUCUUGACCGGGUCCUAAUAAGCAUCCAUGUGCUGGCCAUGAAGGCACUCAGAGUGAAAGGGGAGCCCCUGUGGGUUCCUUCCUCAUUCUGGUCCCCUGCUCCCACCCUACGCUGGCUUUGCAGCCGCUCAGUUCCGUUUUCAGAGCUUUCGGUCAAGCCGACUUCCUACUUGCGGGUCACUGAAAGGCAUUUACACAGCUCAGGAACCAGCUGAGCCUGUCUCCAGUAGCCCAAGUAGGAGAAACGUACCAUAGACAGGGAGCUUUGGCCCAGGACUGGAGCUAGGAGACCUGGAUCUGCCACAGACUCCUAGAGGGCCUGAUCCAGUGCCCAGUGAGGUCAAUGGGACCCUGCCUGUUGACAUCAGUUGCCACAGGAGCAGGCCUAGGUUGAAAAUGGUUAAUUAAAAGUAGGCACCUAAAGCUGCAUUGGGGCACCUAAAUAAUUGAUUUCCCGAGGUGCUGCCUGCCCCUAGCGCCCCUGGGGAGAAUGCUUAGGCCCCAGUUCUGCUAAAGCCUAUGUGUGUGCUUAUCUUGAAGUCCAUCAGGCUACUCACAGUGCUUAAAGUUAAGCAAGUGCGUAGGUGUUUGCAGGACCAGCAACUAAUUUAGGUGCCAAACUUUAUGCACCCAGCUCUGACAUUUCUUGCCUUUACCUCCCUGUGCCUCAGCGUCUCUAGCUCUAAACUAGGAACAGUGAUACGCUCCUCAGCAAAGUGUGCUACGAUCUAGACACGCCACGCUCUAGCAGGGUGCCAGGUUUUUACACAAUCUGCACAGCAGGCUAGGAGCGCUCUUUUUUCCCCCCAAUGCAGUUCAGCAUUACAAAAGAGAGGCUGGAGGGCUGUGCUGUUUAAAUAGGGUUGGGGACACAGACAAUAUUUUAUUUAUAUAUUAAAAGAGGCGCUAAGCGUUUGUGCAUUUGAUGGCAUCGGUGCUUUUUUAAAUUGUGUAUAAAUUAUUGUGAUCGUAAUAAAGAGGCUAUUAUUCCAAACAUUUUUUUUUUUUGCCUAUAAAAUGAAAACCUCAGAAUCAUCUGGGGGAAAUAAACGUGUUUGUUAAAUUAUUUAGGGAUUUUUAUUUGUGGGUUAAGCCGUUCAGCCUGAAUGAGUUUUUCACUGACGCUUUCGUUGUUGUUCAAUUAUUUUCCCUUCCUGACAUUUGUGAAUCGUUCUUUUCAAUUCAGUCUCAUGGUGCUAUUUUACUGAGCUUAUUUUCCCCCCCUUGUUGUUAAUGUGGGAUUAUUAAACUAUUUAAAGUUGA